AUCAGCCAGCGCGAUGUUUAGACUCCACUGAUGUCGUGGCGCUUUGGGGAAAGAAGUUGGUGUUUCGCCGGGCCCUGGUACUGAGGACGCUGUCCGGGUGGCCCCUAGCCUCUUCCUGCCCACCCCGUCGGCCCGCCUUUUCCCCCCGCUCCUCUGGCAGGAUGAGGCGUGCAGGCCUGGGUGAAGGAGUGCCUCCUGGCAACUAUGGAAACUAUGGCUAUCCUAAUAGUGGGUAUAGUGCCUGUGAAGAAGAAAAUGAGAGACUCACAGAAAGUCUGAGAAACAAAGUAACUGCUAUAAAAUCUCUUUCCAUUGAAAUAGGCCAUGAAGUUAAACAUCAAAAUAAAUUAUUAGCUGAAAUGGAUUCACAGUUUGAUUCUACAACUGGAUUUCUAGGUAAAACUAUGGGAAAACUGAAGAUUUUAUCCAGAGGGAGCCAAACAAAGCUGCUGUGUUAUAUGAUGCUGUUUUCCUUGUUUGUCUUUUUUGUCAUUUAUUGGAUUAUUAAACUGAGGUGAUGCAAGUAAGUGUGAGUUUGGAAUUUGUUCCAACUUAGGCUUGGAGUACCACUUUGGUAAAAAAUCAGCAUCUAAACAUUCCUAACUUUCAAAUACUGUGGCUUUUUCCAUUGAAGAUUAUUGAAUUUUACUUGUUUUGUAAGUCACAUUAGAUAAUACAGUGCUCGUUGAAUACUGUUUCUUAAUGAUUCCUUUUUUGCCCCUAUUUUCAGGGGUAUUAAGCUAGUCUGAGGUCAGUCUGGCCCUAACAUUUUUCUUCCCUGUUUUUUACUGUCAGAUUAAAUAGCAGUAUAGUAUUUUGUCAUUACCAUAAAUGUAGGUUUCUGUUCCAUGUAAAGAAACUUAGUGGGAGAAUAACAGAAUGCCUUGAGAGCCUGACAUCGGGCACUUGAAGUGGUGAGCAAGUGUGUGAUGGAUGGUAAAUGUAUUUUCCUGAACUGUCAUUGCCCCCAGUGAUGUACUCUCCCUCUCUUCUCCUUUAUUUGGUUAAAAACUGUAGGGCUUAUUUCUUUUUACGUGCAAUUUUAAUAAUUUUUAAUGAUAGGACGCCUCUUUCUUCUCUGCCCAAGGACCUCAUUCUUAAAUAAAACUUGUUAUUUUGGCAUUAUUUCUUCUAAUAGGGUCCAAAACAGAGGUGUACCAGUACAUUACAGAAUAAUGUGAAGCUAAAGCAAUUGCUGAGCUUAAUAUGGAAAUAAAAUGUUCAAGAAAAUUAA